AUGGCAUCUUCUUCUUCUGCUCGAAUUCCCGAUGAGGAACCACCAAUACCAGUUGCUAUAAUUGCAGCAACACAGCCUAAUACUGGUGGCAAUGUUGCGGCCGUAACUAGUGGCACUGUGGCUAAUCCUGACCCCUACCAUACCUUAUCCUUCUUUAUGCAUGACAUACUUGGUGGCUCAAACCCCACCGCUCGUGCUGUGACAGGGAUAGUCACCAAUCCUGCUGUCAAUGGUCGAAUCCCAUUUGCCAAGCCCAAUGGUGCAGUCCUCCCAGUGAACAAUAGGGUGCCCCUAAAUAAUGGCUACAUGGGACUUGACAACAUUCCAUUCCUCACUGGCCUUGGUGGCAGCACAUCAACUGUGAUCCAAAACAAUGGAAACAAUUUCAUCACUGGAGGAGUCAGGUUCCCUAUCCUAAAUGGGGCCCAAUUUCCUCGAGGCUCCGCCCUUCAGAGGCUUAUGUUUGGCACUGUGACUGUAAUGGAUGAUGAGCUAACCAAAGGGCAUGAGCUCGGGUCUGGCUUGGUUGGGAAAGCACAAGGAUUCUAUGUGGCAAGCUCGGAAGAUGGUAGCAGUCAGACAAUGGCAUUUACAGCUAUGUUUGAGAGUGGAAGCUAUGCAGAUAGCCUUAGCUUCUUUGGAGUUCAUAGAAUGGCUGCCUCAGAGUCUCAAUUAGCCAUCAUGGGUGGGACUGGAAAGUAUGUGAAUGCCAAGGGAUACGCGACCAUGAAAACCAUUCCAUCGAUUAAUCAGCAAACAACAACUGAUGGCGUGGAGACGCUGCUGGAAUUCGUGGUUCAUGUUACUUGCUAA